CAACAGUGUUUUGGGUAAAAAAUCAGUUUUUUUCUAGUCCAAUUGGUAUCCAAUCGCCCCCUAUAUGUAUCUUCAAAAUAGUUUCAGAAACUUGCAAUUAUUCUUCACUUGAUUAUUUGUAACGGAGAGUAGUUCCUUAAUUGAACUCAAUCGGCACUCGGCAGGGACUCGAGUAAAAGGGUAAACGGGAUAAGCUUAGCCAUGGCGGAUGGGGUCGAACAAGAUAAAUCAUUGCAGUCCAUACGCUACAAGCGGGGUUCUCUUCAGUUGCUCGACCAGCGAAAGCUUCCUCUUGAGACCAUUUACUUGGAAAUCAGAAAAUCUGAAGACGGAUGGGUUGCAAUAAAGGAUAUGGUUGUUCGUGGUGCACCAGCUAUCGCCAUAGCUGCUGCUCUCUCAUUGGCAGUGGAAGUUUCGAAUUUGGAAGCAUUUAGCGGGACAGCUAUUGAUGCUGCAUAUUUCCUCAGCAAGAAAUUGGAUUAUCUUGUCUCAAGCCGCCCGACAGCUGUCAAUCUCUCAGAUGCUGCAACUAAACUCAAGGAAAUCGUGCAUGAGGCUGCAACCACUGCUUCUGAACCUCAGGCCGUGUUUCAGGCUUAUAUUGAAGCUGCUGAAGUUAUGCUCGAAGAUGAUGUUGCUUCUAACAAGGCAAUUGGACACUAUGGCGCUAUUUUCCUUCAGAAGCAGCAGGGAAACCCCAAAACCUUGUCUGUUUUGACCCAUUGUAACACGGGCAGCUUGGCAACAGCUGGAUAUGGAACUGCUCUAGGAGUGAUUCGUGCUCUCCACGAAGAAGGUGUUCUCGAGAGAGCUUACUGUACAGAAACACGCCCGUUUAAUCAAGGGUCAAGACUCACAGCCUUCGAGCUGGUGCACGAAAACAUUCCGGCCACCCUAAUAGCCGACUCAGCUGCUGCGGCCCUUAUGAAAGCCGGGCGAGUGAGUGCCGUCAUUGUCGGUGCCGACCGUGUGGCGGCUAACGGUGAUACCGCUAACAAGAUAGGGACCUACAGCCUUGCUCUGUCGGCAAAACACCACGGAAUCCCGUUUUUUGUGGCGGCCCCACUUACGUCCGUUGACCUGUCCCUUUCUUCUGGUCAAGAGAUUGUUAUUGAGGAAAGAUCGGCUAAUGAGCUACUGAAUGCUCGUGGAGGAUUGGGCGAACGGGUGGCGGCUCCCGGAAUUUCUGUUUGGAAUCCGGCAUUUGAUGUCACGCCUGCUGAUGUCAUCAGCGGUAUUAUUACCGAGAAGGGCGUGAUUACGAAAAACGGCACGGACGCAUUCGAUAUCAAAAGAUUCACGCAGAAGGUGGCAAGCAAUUAUCCAUGAUGAGGAAAAGAUUUAAAUAAUUCGCGAGGCGGCUUUUAAUGCCUUUGUUUGGCCUUUUUACAUUGUAUGGUGCUUUGUAACAACGGUUGGGUGUUAGUCUUGUUUGAACUUUUAAUGUGGUAUGGUGCUUUGUAAUAAUGGUUGGGCGCUGGUCUCAGUAUGAAUCAAAGAGGACUCGAUUUAUCUGCUUCUGUUCAGUGUGUGAUGACUGAUGAGUGGUGAACAGCUUGCCAUAGCCGAUUUUCUGCAAGUUAGUGGGAAUUCUAGCGAAGUAUCUAUCGACUAUCUAUCUAGAGAUAUAGAGACGUUUGUAUUUACCUGAAAUAGUAUAAUUUUCUCCACGAAAAAUAUAUUUUGUUACUAAAUAAGGAC